GACCUGAUGGAGAGUGACAGCAUCACUCUGGACUGGAUGUUCAGAUACUCUCUCAUCACAGACAUCGUCAAGGGCAUGCUGUUCCUGCACAGCAGCGUCAUCUCGUCUCACGGGAACCUGAAGUCUUCUAACUGCGUUGUUGACAGCCGAUUCGUUCUGAAAAUCACAGACUACGGAGUCCAGAGUCUGCGAGGGGGGGUCGUUCCCGAGGACUCGCAUGCUCACUACGCACGUAAGCUGUGGACGGCCCCCGAGCUGCUGAGGAUGGACUGCCCCCCCCCCUGGGGGACGCAGAAAGGAGACGUGUACAGUUUCGGGAUCAUUCUGCAGGAAGUGGCUCUUCUGAGGGGUGUUUUCCACCUGGAGACUCAAACUCUGACCCCCAAAGAGAUCGUGCAGGCGGUGCGUCAUGGCUCCGCCCCCCACCUCACCUGUUCCCCCCCACUCCCCCCCCUCAGACCCUCGCUCUGCCCCCUCAGCCACAGCGAGGAUCUGGGGCUCCUGAUGCAGCGCUGCUGGAACCAAGAACCAGCAGAACGUCCCGACUUCAGCUCCAUCAAGAUCCUGCUGAGGAAACAGCACAGGGGUUACGGUUCUAACAUCCUGGACAACCUGCUCUCCCGGAUGGAACAAUACGCCAACAACCUGGAGGAACUGGUGGAGGAACGGACUCAGGCGUAUCAUGAAGAGAAGCGUAAAGCAGAGACCCUGCUGUACCAGAUACUACCUCACUCAGUUGCAGAGCAGCUGAAACGAGGACAGACGGUUGAGGCCGAGGCCUUCGACUCCGUCACCAUCUACUUCAGUGACAUCAUCGGGUUCACAGCGAUGUCUGCGGAGAGCACGCCACUGCAGGUGGUGACGCUGCUCAACGACCUGUACACCUGCUUCGACGCCAUCAUCGACAACUUUGAUGUUUACAAGGUAGAGACGAUCGGCGAUGCCUACAUGGUGGUGUCGGGGCUGCCGGUGAGGAACGGGAAGCAGCACGGCAGAGAGAUCGGACGCAUGGCGCUCGCUCUGCUGGAGGCGGGGGAUAGCUUCUCUAUCAAACACAGAGCCAAUCAGAAGCUGCGGCUGCGCAUCGGCAUACACAGCGGUCCAGUGUGUGCAGGUGUGGUGGGGCUGAAGAUGCCCAGGUACUGUCUGUUCGGAGACACAGUGAACACAGCCUCACGCAUGGAGUCCAACGGAGAGGCUCUCAAGAUCCAUGUCUCCCAGGCAACUCAGGAGGUUCUUCAGGAGUUCGGGUGUUUCCGUCUGCAGCUCCGGGGGGAGGUGGAGAUGAAGGGGAAGGGCAGCAUGAGGACAUACUGGCUGCUGGGGGAGGAGGGGGGUAAACACAAUGUAACAGCCUGAGGGGGGGGGUAAACACUUUGUAACAGCCUGAGGGGGGGGG